AUGCACGUCGUCCCCUGGUAUGGUGCACCCGUUCGCGGUCCCGAGACAACCAUCCAGCUGCUUGAGCUCGGUGUCUCCCUCCCAUUUGUAGGAGACUACGGCAGCUAUCAAUGGCUAGCCUUGUUCAUCGUAGAUACCGAAAACGAGUGUUAUGUAGAGGCGUCCUCAAGCCGAUUCGGUGUCACAGCUGUCAGAGGCGGCCAUGCGAGUCGAACGUGGCCAGCCACUGGGAGUCAUUGGGAACUCAGUAGUACAGAGCGCCGGAACUUUGGGUACCAUGUAGUGCUCAAGCCCGCGCCAAUUGACAGCAGGAACUAUGCGCCGAACGAGCUACACGAGGCUGACGCGCGCCAUGCUGAUGGUUCUGUGGGGCUAUGCACUAGGUAG